CUCUUCGGUCCUGUGAGGCCAGGGCAAAGUAUACCUGUGACAGCUCAAGAGUGAAUGCCACCUUAAGUCAGCCGCCCAGGCACCUCCCCAGCUCCUGCCGGGUCAGGCCAUGCCAGUUGGCCCAAAGACAAGUUCCUGCCCUUUCUACGCACAUGAGAAAGCAAACAGGCAGGAGAGUCGGGUGUUUCCUAAUAAGAUGUUAGUUCAGACACUGCUCCAGUGCCAUGCCUACCUGCCUGCCCGCUGCCUUGCUCCCUGUCAUGAUGGUUAUGGACUCACUCUCUGAAACUUGUUUUGCCUGUCUUCAUGUACAAUGAACAUAGCUGCCACCAGAGAAGAUUGGAAUAGAUCAUUGGAUUCCCGGGAACCGGAGUAUGGAUGAUUGUAAGCUACCAGAGUCCAGAUCUUGAAGGACCCUACGACUACAGGAAUCCUCUAUGGGGACUUGAGCAAGAGAGUGGCAGGCGACUUUUUCAAGCUGAAACACAGGGAGCAGACCGGACGUCGCACAGUCAUCAUGACACUUGGGCAUCGGAGGCAAGCGGAUGGCUGCAAGUUCAAGGGCAGCCAUACCACAGAAAACAAAUAGAAAAAGUAAGCAAUGUCGGAGCACAGCAGAAAUUCCGAUCAAGAAGACACCCUCAGUGAGGAGCUUAAUGAAGAUGAGAUCUUGGCCAACUUGUCCCCUGAAGAGCUGAGGGAGCUGCAGUCGGAGAUGGAAGUCAUGGCCCCUGACCCCCACCUACCUGUAGGGAUGAUCCAAAAAGAUCAAACCAACAAGGCACCUACGGGAAACUUUGACCACAAGUCUCUCGUUGACUACAUGUAUCUGCAAAAGGCGUCUAGACGCAUGCUGGAGGAUGAACGAGUUCCCGUCAGUUUUGUGCAGUCUGAGGAAAACACUCAAAAACAUCAUGAAGUAAGAGACAAAGGCAUUAAAAACAUGCCCCAGUUUUUAAAAGAAAAGCUUAAUAGUGAAAUAGUUGCAAAUAAAAGAGAAUCUAAUGGGGGUAACAAUAUACAAGAAACAGAAGAUGAUGAUGAAGAAGAUGAAGAGGAGGAGGAGGAUGAAGAAGAUGAAGAGGAUGGAGAAGAUGAAGAGGGUGAAGAUGAUGAAGAUGAAAAAGCCAAUGAACAAACCCAGAACAAUUCAGGCGCCUGUCAGCAGCUGACCACGAAAGCACUAGAAGAACAAAAAGACAGACCAGAGACCAAAGAAAAACUUGAGAAGAAAAUAGCCAAAUUAGACCCUAAGAAGUUAGCUCUCGACACCAGCUUUCUGAAGGUAAGUGCAAGGCCUUCAGGGAACCAGACAGACCUGGAUGGAAGCUUGAGACGAGUAAGACAGAACGACCCCGACAUGAAGGAGCUCAACCUGAACAACAUUGAAAACAUCCCCAAAGAAAUGUUACUGGACUUUGUCAAUGCCAUGAAGAAGAACAAACACAUCAAAAGCUUUAGUCUGGCUAACGUGGGUGCAGACGAGAGUGUAGCGUUCGCCUUGGCCAACAUGCUGCGGGAAAACAGGAGCAUCACCACGCUUAAUAUCGAGUCCAACUUCAUCACAGGGAAGGGCAUCGUGGCCAUCAUGAGGUGCCUCCAGUUUAACGAGACUCUCACCGAGCUGCGUUUUCACAACCAGAGGCAUAUGCUGGGCCACCACGCCGAAAUGGAAAUAUCAAGGCUUUUGAAGGCCAACAACACUCUGCUGAAGAUGGGCUACCAUUUCGAGCUUCCGGGCCCCAGAAUGGUGGUGACGAAUCUGCUUACCAGGAACCAGGAUAAACGGAGGCAGAAAAGACAAGAGGAGCAGCAGCAGCAGCAACUUAAAGAGCAGAGAAAGCUGAUAGCUAUGUUGGAGAAUGGGUUGGGGCUGCCCCCUGGGAUGUGGGAGAGGUUGGGAGGACCCAUGCCCGAUCCCAGAAUGCAGGAGUUUUUCCAGCCUUCAUCCGGACGGCCUCUCGCGGCUCAGGAAGUCCCCUUUGGUGGAAGAAAGGAAAUGAUGAAAAAUCCACCCCAACCUCCACAGUCCAUGACCGACCCUGACUCCUUCAGGGUGGUGAAGCUGAAGAGAAUUCAGCGCAAAUCUCGAAUGCCGGAAGCCAGAGAGGCACAGGAGAAAACCAACCUCAAAGAUGUCAUCAAAACGCUCAAGCCGGUGCCGAGAAAUAGACCACCCCCGCUCGUGGAAAUCACUCCCAGAGACCAGCUCUUGAAUGACAUCCGACACAGCAAUGUUGCCUACCUAAAACCGGUGCAGCUGCCAAAGGAAUUGGCCUAAGAGGCAGCAGGAUCAUCUAGAAGAACAGGACGUGAGCUGGAGGCUGUCUCACCAACAGCACGGGUGGCCGAACUGGGAACAUGGCUCCAUCCAGGCUGGGCAUUGUUUGGGCUGUGAGGAGACACAAGGAGAAGGAUACAGAGUCUCAGCGUUCACAGGCAGCAGGUUCCAGUUCUAAGAGUUUGACUGAGUUGGAUGAAAAUUGUAGAGUGAUGCUUCUAGAAGCAGAAGUUAACAUUUUUUGGUAAACACUUAACUGUUGCUUCCUUCUGGUAAAUAACAAUAAAUCUGACAGAAGUGUGGACUGUUGCUUAUACUCCA